AUGCUCCCCAAACUGGCGAUCGCGCUCGUCGUGUUCGCGUUGUUCUAUCUCGUCGCGAUGGGCGUUCGCCGUAUUGUCCGGAGGGUCGCCAGCACCAAGAACCAUGAUGGCCUUGGCAACGCGCUGGGACGUCUGGCGCAUCUGGGCGUCGUCUUCGCCGGUUUCCUGGCCGCUGUCGGCAUUGUUGCGCCAAGCGUCGGUGCCGCCGAACUCCUUUCGGUCCUGGGCGUCGGCUCGGUGGCGAUCGGUUUUGCUUUCCGCGACAUAUUGCAGAACUUCCUCGCGGGCAUCCUGAUCCUGCUGCGCGAGCCUUUCAGCCGGGGCGACUGGGUCCAGCUUGGUGAUCAUGAGGGCAUUGUCACGGCGAUCUCGACACGCUCGACAUGGAUCCGCACCUUCGACGGCCGCGACAUCGCCAUUCCGAACGGCGAAGUGUUCACCAAUGCGAUGACGGUGGUCACGCGCACGCCCACCAUCCGCGCGCAGUACGAGUUCGGCGUCGCCUACGAUACCGAUCUCGAUCGGGCGAUGGCGGUCAUCCUUGAUGCCAUCGGCUCGUUCGACACGGUACUCGACGAUCCGGCGCCCGACGCCGGCGUUGCCGAUCUUGCCGGUUCCUCGGUCAACAUCCGCGCCCGCUGGUGGACGACCAAUGACGAUUUCUACCGGACCAAGCUCGAUGUGAUCAAGGCCGUCAAGGAGGCGCUGGACGAUGCGGGAAUCGACAUUCCGUUCCCGCAGCGCCAGCUCCUGUUCGAGCCGCAGGAACCGCUGCCCAUCGCGCGGCAGCGGCAGGGGCAGGCGGCGGAGUGA